CUUCUACUGAGGGGUUCAGCGCAUGCGCGGGCAUGCGCGCCCUCAUAUUAUUAAUAUAUAUAUAAGGCUAAGGAUAAUGAGGAUUGUUUCACUUCUGCUACAAGGUGACAAGCUUUAGUGGGUGCAACCACAGCAAGGUUCGGGGGGGUUGGUGUAGAGUGCCAGUAAAGUGUUAAGGGCGGGGAAGGGCACUGGAUACUUUGCAAGGGUAAGGCAGAGAAGUGUUUCCACUGGAUCCUGCCCCACUGCUUCCCUUCUGCAGGGGAAAAGAAUGAGAGAGAAUGAGCCAGAGAGACACCCUGGUGCAUCUGUUUGCUGGAGGAUGUGGAGGCACUGUUGGUGCAAUUUUGACCUGUCCAUUGGAAGUUGUAAAGACCAGACUGCAGUCUUCAUCAGUGACUCUAUACAUCUCUGAAGUCCAUUUGAACACUGUUAAUGGUGCCAGUGUUAACAGAGUGGCAAGAGUAUCGCCAGGACCACUACACUGUCUCAAAGUGAUCUUGCAGAAGGAAGGUCCUCGUUCCCUAUUCAGAGGUCUGGGUCCUAAUCUUGUGGGCGUGGCUCCUUCCAGAGCCAUCUAUUUUGCAGCUUACUCGAGCUGUAAAGAAAGGCUGAACCAUGUAUUUGCAGCGGAUUCCACCCAGGUUCAUAUGAUCUCCGCUGGGGCAGCAGGAUUCACAGCCAUAACAGCCACCAAUCCAAUCUGGUUAAUUAAGACUCGCCUGCAACUAGAUGCAAGAAAUCGAGGAGAAAGAAGAAUGAGCGCAUUUGAGUGCAUACGCAAGGUGUACAAAACUGAUGGACUGAAGGGGUUUUACCGAGGCAUGUCUGCCUCUUAUGCUGGCAUCUCUGAAACCGUUAUCCACUUUGUUAUUUACGAAAGUAUUAAACGCAAACUGCUGGAACAGAAAAUUGCUGAUGAAGAUGAGUCUGUUAAAGAGCCCUCAGACUUUGUUGGACUUAUGCUGGCAGCAGCAACUUCUAAAACAUGUGCCACCUCCAUUGCAUACCCGCAUGAGGUUGUACGAACUCGUCUCCGUGAAGAAGGGACAAAAUACAGGGCCUUCUUCCAGACCCUGUCACUGGUUGUAAAGGAAGAAGGCUACGGGGCCCUUUAUAGAGGUCUCACAACGCACCUUGUCAGACAGAUCCCUAACACAGCGAUAAUGAUGUCAACUUAUGAGGUGGUGGUUUAUUUGCUGAACGGAUAGCGCCAUUCUGUUUUCUUUUCUACGAAGAAGACAAGAGACCAAAUGGAAUUAAAGUGGACCAGGAGGCACCAAUAGAAAAUGGCAAAAAGUAAAGACAAGGAAAACCAUCAUGAAGUGCAUUUGUAGCUGUACACAAAUGGCAUGCUGCAGAAGCCACAGCAUUCCUGCUGCAUUUAUUCUGUGUGGCACAAAGAAGCUGUGAUAUGGUUGAUGCCCGAGUGUGGAAUGCUUGUCAACACCAGCCAUUUUAGAAUUGCAUCUUUCCUUCUCUAAAGCGGUUUAGUGGAGUCCUACCUGUAAGGCUUGGUGCAUAUCCCAAUGGAAGUUACAGAAAGGACAUCUUGGGUGGAAUGCUUGUUCACAAUAAGGGCUCAUGUACACUACAGAUUUUUGGCUUCUACUAGUCAGAGUCUUCCAGACCCUACUCUGAUUCAUGUGACUCAGGUCAGAACCAUGUUGAACCGAUGAGUCUCAGACAGUCAGCCAUGAUUAGCUGUUACCACCCAACUAAUUCUGUAGUGCGUAUGAGGCCUCAUAUAGAAUGUGCAGGGGGCUAGGGAAGCUGUGCCUUAAUCCCCUGUACCUCUGUAUUCUAUAAUAUUCAGAACCAUCAUCCCAUCAGAGAUGGGCUUUUUGUGUGUAAUACUUCUGGCUGCUACAUAGGUCCAGUUUCUUUUUGGUGUAAUUGCCAGAGUUUCCUGGACUGGGCUUUUGAAAUAUUGUGCAAUUUGUACAUUGUUUUACUUUUAUUGAGCCUUUGUAGAAUAGUAGAAAUACACUUGAACUUUAUCCUGCUUAAUAAGGCUGAUAAUUGUUUACUUAUUCUCACAAUGAGACUAAGGCAUAUAUGUGUAUGAGGUGCUUGGCUACAGAAUAAGAAAAGCCAUUUCUUACUUUACCAUAUAUAAUGCAUCAAAGAUAGUGUGCCAUGGUACUUUCCUACAAAGCACUAGAACUAUAUGUACUGUUGUGAUGGCAGUCUUUUAUUGCAAAAAAAAAUAAAAAAUAGGCCUCCUAACAGUAAUUUUACUGUGCAGCGUAAAUGUCCUAAAGCAGCCGCCAGUACCACGGCUUUCACUGAAGCUUCAUGAGAGGUUCAUACUGCAAAAGGAGGAACUCUUAGCGGUGGUCUUAAAUAGCUUUGUUAGCUACAACCCUACGGUGUAGCCUGCCAACAAAAUCAAAAGGCUAAAUUCCUCCAUACAAACAAUAAUAUAAUUCCCAGCAGAAUGUGAGGCCUAUUUGGAUCCAAGCAUUCUUUGAUGCAUUAUAACCACAAAGGAACACUGACCUUUGAAGAGGUAACAAUUACUUGUUGUUUUGUUUUUUUUUUGCCUGCCAAAAUCUUUUUAUUCCCUUUAAUCAAACAACAAAAUGAUGUUAAAAUUAAGUCGGCUCAAAGGUAAAAUAUAUAACUAACAUGGAGAGCUCAAUAAAUUCAAUUCUUUGUUUAACAGUAACCCAAAGCACCAAGCAAAAGUCGCCAUGAAGAGUUUUAUUCUUUCCAUUGUGUGUUUUAUUAUUUGAUGAGUUUAGGCAUUCCUCUGACUGUGUUUGUAUACCUGUAAACAGAGCAGUAUAACCCAUCAGAGUACAGUUGUACUGAGCUUAAUCUCCAGUGGUGGAGUCCUAUUAAAUGGUAACAGUGUGGGCAAGAUUAUAGGCUUCUUUGCUUUCAUAUAAAGGGUCCUUGUGUCUUGGGCUGUAGCUGUUUAUAUCACCUUGCAUGGCUCUUCUGUGGAGUUGCAAAUUGCUAACAAGAAGCCAUAUACACACACUAUCUAUCUCUAUCAGAGAAGGAGUAUUUAAAUCAAAUUAUAUAUAAUAAGUCACACAAGUCUAUCACCAACAUUUUAUUCCAUUCUGCGAGGUAUUCCUUGGCAAAAGCAUUUUGCUGAAAAGGAGCCAUAAACGUAACCUUCUAUAUCAGAGACAAUCCCUAGGGUUUCUUGUAGCCUGUAUUGAGACAUACUGUAAAAUGGCUGGCAUUGGUAUUCUCCUGUACUAAGCACAAUUCUGUUGGAAUAAUCACCCUAUUCAGCACUUAGGAUGAUCAGUAACUCCUUGCACCUCUGGAUCAGCAGGUGUCCCCAACAUGCAACAACCAUGCUGUCGACUCUAAGUUUAGUUUUUCUUGAUUUCUAUAGUUCAUAGUUAUUAUGACUGACUAUUGCCUUAAAUUAUAACGUAUUUUAAUAAUUCCCCAUGUGUGACCAAUUGAGCAAAUCCAUUUGAGCUGCAUUUUGAUUCCCCUCUGUAGUAAAUUAGACUUGAUACUGCAAAAGUAUCUGUAGAUAAAAGCCAUAAAGUUUGGCCAUGCAUCCCCUUCAGCGUGAAUGAGGAGAAAGAAGGGAUGAGCCACCUUAACCUUUUAAUACUAAAUGCAUAUGCUACAUGUGUUUCCUUUUUCCACAUUUCCAGUAAGUGUGGCCCCUUGGAAAUACCUAGCUUCCCCUUUAAUAGACCUGCUGUAUGCCCAGGUUUUUUGCCUAAGCCCUAUGGAUAGGCUAUACUAUUAGAAAGAAACUGUUGGUGAGUCCCCUUUAAUCUGUUGCAUAGUAAUGGAUAUUAAGAUGCUUUGCCUUAUUACAGGUUUGCUGAUUUCACUAUUCUAAGAUAUUCCCUGGUAUCCUGGCCCUUUGCGCCUAAUUGACAGCUGCUUGGUUAAAAUGUAGCCCUUUAAUAAAAUUCUCAUAUUUAGACACCUGAUCACACUUUAUCUGCUGAAUUGUGUUGUACAGCUUUAGUUAAGCAUCAGAAAGUGUUUGCAUAGAUAAUGCGUGCCAAAGAUAUAAAAGUGAGUCUAUAUUCACAUUGGGCAACAGGCAAAUUAUUCUAAUUAAACAGUUUUAGUUUUUAGACUAUGAAAAUCUGUUUUGUUAUUUGGGUGGGGGGGGGGGGUUAUUGUUUAAAUGCAUUCCCUUGAGUUCCUUUGUGUAGUUUUAUUACCAGCUUUGCAUAUAAAACCACAAGUAGGGUGUUUAGAUGAGCAGGUAACGGAGUUAUUUAGGGAAUAAUUUUACCAUUUUAAAAUCUAUUCCAUGAGCACAUACACAUGCCACAGCCUUGCUCUUUACAGAUCAUUAUCCUUCUCGCUGAUUUAUCCUCCUGUUUUAGAGUAAGGAGGUUUGUUUUCUUUUCUUUUUUUCUAAUACACAAGUUUCACAAGUCAUGUGACACAAGUGAUGCACCAGUUAUAGCUAAAGACUUCACUAAUCACUUUUUAUAAGGAUGUAUUUUGCAGACUACUCUUGGCUGUUGUGUACUUUAUACCUAGAACAUUUGUUUUCCCUAUUCGCUUUGGUCAAACCAAAGGUAGCUUUUAAAAAGAGCUUGAUAAACCCUGUUGCUGGUCAUAUCCAAGCAAUAUCAGAAUCAAUAAAACCUUGCUUUUCAGCAUAAUAGCAUUAUCCAUAUUUACCCUAUCAUUUACAUUUGUGUAUUUUACAUUUCAUUGCUUCCAUAUGAUGCCCUAGCGCCCUGGUUGCAAAAAUACAUUUUGGGGAGGAAAAUGGCAAAUAGCCAUGCCUAUAGCUUCCCAUUACAGUCUGCUUAUAGCCUAAUGCUAACCAUAUAUUGGGGCUAAUUUCCAUAAGUGGCAUUUUAGUGCUAGAAUGUGUUUCUGGUUUUCCUUUUAUUAUGAGGUGUAAAUUUAAACUUUUUUUUUUCUCUUUUUAAAUUCCACUACUUCUACGCUAGACCUUUGGCCAUUCCUGUUCAUCCCGCCAUCCUGCUCUCUUUAUGCUAUGGUGUGCAUUAUACAGCUUUGUGAAGUUGCUUUAAGACUGAAUUUGUGUGCAAUGUUUGACCUCUGUUCUGCACAUUGGCAGCCAAUGAUUCAUAAUAUGCUAUUGAAAGAAAUCUAGUUUCUUUCCCCUUGGGGUCUGUGAGUGAGUGAUAAACUAUCUGAGCCUACCUGUAUAUAAGCACUGAUGCUAUUUAUUUCAGGCUAUGCGAGUUCUCUGUAUUACAUAUGUAAAUUUAAAUCCGGGAAUAAAAGUUAUCUCAACACUGUCCACUGUGAUGAUGGGCAGGUUGAAAAUUUCCAACCUACUUCUGUCCCAAAAAGUUUAAUUUUUUUUUUUUAUUUUAUUUUUUUUUUUUUUAAAUUUGCACUUGGCCGGUCAUCACAAAUGAGUGGGGUCGGCAUAUGGUGAAGUCCCGAGUAGGCAGUGGGUUGCUGCGUGGGCAUUGCCAAAAGCAAAGGGACCCUUCCUUUAAGCUUUAUUCUCCACCCUCCAGAGCCUGUGUCUGGGGAUCCAUCUCUCAGCCUGGAACUGCCCAACUCAAGGGUAGGCAAGUGAGUUUCAGGGCAGUCUGUCCAUGACUAGUCCACUGUAUUGUUAUAUAGAUGGAUACCUUGGUUUAUGAUGUAAACCCAGUCAAACUAACUAUUAUGGGUCGAUGACACUUAUACUGUACUCUACAUUACUUUAUAGGCAGAUGCUGUAUGAGAUGAUCAUGUCAAUGGAAUAGUCUCCAUUCUAUUAAUUCAUGUGUGAAAAGCUGAUACAGAUAACACACAUAUAUAUAUAUAUUUUUCUGGUUUCGACAUCAGUUGCAUCCCAGUUUGCGCCUAAGCAUGCUGAAGCCCAAUACAUUUCUCAUGUUUUCGUUGCUUGCUGAUGUUUGUAAGAGGCAGCGGCUUUUCCCUGGAGAGACAAGUCAUUCCACAGUAUUUUCCAAAGGAUUUCAGGGUUUCUUUGCAGUAAGAUUUAGCUGUGUUCUAGCUUCCUCCUCGCAGUACAAAGGAAGUAAGUGUCCAGUAGAAAUUGUCAAUGAGAAAUGUUCAUUUUCUGGAGCCGUUUGCAAAAUUGAAUGUUUUUAAUACAAUGUGUUCCCUGUUGCUAAUAAAAUAAAAUCCCUUGUAGGGAGCAUGA